UCACUUCUGUGUGCAAUUUUUGAACCAUGAAUAAUGACCUUUGUCAAUAAAGAUGUGGCUAAAUUACAUGUUUGGUCACUCAAAUUACAUGAAUCUUUCACUUUAGUCACUGGCCACUAACUUUACGAAUCAUUUCACUGUUAGUCACGGGCCGUUAGUCUCGUCAACUCCGUUAACGCCGUCAGAUUUUUGAUGAUGUGGCAAACAGAAUGCUAACUAGGCUGCUGAGAUGGAAUUCAUUAUUAUUAUUAUUAUUUAGAACCAAACCCAAUUCACCUUUCAACUCACCCGUGUCGGUCCUCCUCCUCCUCUCUGCUUCUCAUUCUCCUUCCCCCUGUUUGCUUCUUCUCGGCAUAUUCUCUAUCUCUCUUCUAUCAAACUCAGACAACACAAGAACCUCAAAUCGCACUCUCCUCCUCCCUCGAUCUCAAUCUGCCGCUGCUCUGCUCUCGUCGGCGUAGAGAGAACGAAAGGUAAAUAAUUUGUUCCUUCUCAAUGCUUAUUGUCUAUUGAUUUUCAGGGUUUUCGUUUGAUUUCGAGUUUAAGGAGUUCAGAUUUUGAUUUUUAGGGUUGGUUUUGGAAGAUUCCCCUAGAUCUGGAAGAAGAUAUUGGGGACGACGACAACGGUGGCUGCCGAUAAUGAUGGCGGCGAUCAGGAGAGGAGGCUGUAGUGACUGGUCUUUGCGAGAUGGUGGCGGCUCUAAAUCUUUGUUGUAAAUAAUUCAUGGAUUUCUUCCCCAGACAAUCGAGCAUCGAGUCGUGUUCUCUGAUAGAACUUCCAGCGGGGAGAGCUGAGCCACCGCUAGCGAUGGAGAGACGGCGUCAAUUGCAAGCGGGAGUGGGGCCUGAGGUUUCUCAUCUUUGAUGGGGGCGGUGGUACAUGACCACGCUGAGGGAGCUGGACAUUGUGACGGAUGGUCGAUGCUUGACUUGGUUGCGAUUCAGAGUCGAGGAAACAGGAACCUCGCCGACUAGAAGGGGAGGUCGAUGGCUUAAACUGCAUCGGUGGCUGAUUGAUGGCGAAGGCGACGCAAUGGAGACUGGGACGCCGAGGAUUUUCUUCCUCAAGUGGCAUGGGUGCGGUGGGUUUUCCUACCCGGGGAGCGAUGGUGAUUGUUGAGAAUGAGGCAUUAUUGUUUUGUUUUAUUUUUUUUUUUUAAAUUCACAGGUCAUUAGGUUAUCAGACUAGUCACCAUUCCGUUUGCCACGUCAUCAAAAAUCUGACUGCGUUAAUGGAGUCUGACGGAGACUAAUGGCCAGUGACUAACGGUGAAACGAUUCGUAAAUUUUGGUGAUCAGUAAGAAAGAAAAGUAAUUCGGGUGAGAAACGUGAAAGAUUUAUGUAAUUUGAGUGACCAAACGUGUAAUUUAGCCAUAAAGAUGUUUAUAGAAACAAAGCACAAUGUAUAUUUGAAACUAUUUAACUGUUAUAGACUCAAAGUGACUAUACAUUAAUAAUACAAUUUAAGUGAACAA